AAAAAAAAUCCUCAAAGAGUGGGGAGUAGUAGUAGUAUGUGUGUAAUGGGAUUAGAGUGAGUUGAGAGAGAGAGAGAGAGAGAGAAAUGGGUUCGAAGUUACAUCCUCCUCUUUUUUGUGUUCUUCCUCCUCCGCAUCGACUUUCAACAAAUGCAUUGGAAUUCCCAUCUCAAUCACCAUUCAAGAUAAACUGCCGAAUUUCGAAUGGCAAGACAAAAUACCGAGGCUUUCUUCUCGCCAUGGCAUCCAGAUCAGAUAAUUCAAACAAGGAUAAAGAAGCCAAAUCAGUAGUCAGUAAUGGCAUUAUGGUCCUACAACAUCAAGUUUCAAGACUACAAGAAACCAUUGUCUCUCUCCCCCCUGUUGUGUUUCUGGUAAAAAACUCUCCUCAUUCUAAAUAUGCUAUAGGGUUUUGUAUUGCUGCAAGCAUAUUGAUUAUCGCUGUGAGAGUUUAUGUCGAGAGGAAGUUGAGGUACAAACAGCCAGGAUCUGUUGCUGAUCUUGUGAGGCGUGGUCAGCUAAAUUCAGAUAGAAGAGGCAUAUCAAAGUCAGUUAUGUAUGAUGAUCCAUUUAACAAUCCCCAAGUGAAAAUUGGUAAGAAUAAUUCAACAGUUGAAAUGUGUGGGAAGGUCUAUAAAUUGGCGCCGGUGACUCUAACAAGAGAAGAACAAAACAUACAUCAAAAAAGGAGAUCACGAGCCUAUCAAUGGAAGAGACCUACUGUAUUUCUCAAAGAAGGAGACCCGAUACCCUCUGAUGUGGACCCUGAUACAGUUAGAUGGAUCCCUGCAAAUCAUCCCUUUGCAACAACCAUAAGUGACAUUACUGAGGAUUUGGCUCAAAAUAACGUAUUUCAGAAGCAUGGUGUUCCCUUCCGUAUUCAGGCCGAGCACGAGGCAUUGCAGAAAAAGCUUGAAGCUUUGCAGGGUGAUCAGAAGUUAAACAAUAUGGUAAUUGACCCAGGAACUGCUCGAAGUUUUGAAAGACCAUUCAAGUCUAAUUCUAAGUUAGAUGAUCAGCAGGUGGAACAAAAGUCCAAGAACGGUCAAGCAAGAUCACGCCCGGAAAGUCAACCGAAUUCCCUGGAGAGUAGCAGCGAUAUAACUUCUGAAGAAAAACAAACGCUAUGAAAACUCAUCAUCAUGGCCUUGUAGCAACCUUUUUAAGGUACCAUGUUUUACGUGAACAAUGGGAUUCUUGAUUUUUCCUUUUACUGUUGCUGACUUUUGAAUAGCCAAAAUGAUCUUGUUAAGUGGUGCAACUUUUUUUUUUCAUUGUAAUUAGGUUUUUUUUUUGAACAGCUGUAAUUAGAUUUUCUUCAUGCAAAUAUUACGUUCAUUUUUUGCUCA